CUGGGAAUAAAGUUCAGGGGCGGCCGCGGGGCGCGGGCUCGGAACUCGCCGUGUGAGCGCAGGGCGGCUCCCGCCUGUCCCCAGCGCGCCUCGCCAUGGCCACUGACGAGCUGGCCCAGAAGCUGCAGCGCCGGCUGCUGCUAGAAGAGAGCGGCCCGGAGCCUGCGCCCGGCGGGGAGGAGGCAGCGGCGGGCUGGGGGGCCGGCCAGGAGGAGGAGGAGGAGAGCAGGAGCUCCAUGUUCGCCAGCGCCGACUCGGAGCUGGGCGCCAAGCUGAGCCGCAGGCAGGACAUCAACGAUGGCACGGCACGGCCCCGCCAGGCCAAGGUCUUCAACCCCUACACCGAAUUCAAGGAGUUCAGCCGGCGGCAGAUCAAGGACAUGGAGCAGAUGUUCCGACUGUAUGACUCUGGAAAGGAUGGGUAUAUAGACCUAAUGGAGCUGAAACUGAUGAUGGAGAAGCUGGAAGCACCUCAGACCCACCUGGGCCUGAAAAACAUGAUCAAGGAAGUGGAUGAGGAUUUUGAUGGCAAGCUCAGCUUCCGUGAGUUCCUGCUGAUUUUCCAUAAAGCUGCAGCCGGAGAGCUUGAGGAAGACAGUGGGCUGAUGACUCUGGCAAAACUCUCUGAGAUAGAUGUUUCCACUGAGGGAGUUAAAGGAGCCAAGAACUUCUUUGAAGCUAAGGUUCAAGCCCUUUCUUCAGCCAGCAAGUUUGAAGCAGAGAUCAAGGCAGAGCAGGAUGAACGAAAGCGGGAGGAGGAAGAGAAGAAACACCGUCGGGCAGCAUUCAGGGAGCUAAAGUCUGCAUUCAGCCAGUAACCAUCCAUUCUACCACAAGAGACUUCUCUUAACUUGGUACAUUUCCAUGAAUCACGACUGUGCCUGGAGAGUAUCUCCUGCUAGAACUUCACCAUCCUUUCAGACAGAAGCUUCUAACUCAAUUCCAAAGGGUACAGCUCUUACAACUACCAUGUCUUCAUAUGGUAUGAACAAUAAGAACUGUGUACAUAAUCAUCACUCUGAACUGUCAGGUAGUGCUUAGGGAAAUUAAAGUUCAUCCUAAUGCUGAAAAACCAGGUAGCAAAUCAGCUUUCCUUAACCCAAAAAGAAUGACCAUGUUUCUUGACUAUAUUUUUUUCCUUGGUUUCUGUUUUUCAUAACCCCUUUCCUCCUGUUUAGUUCCCAUGAUAUCUUUAUGCAAAUCAGGAGGUACAAAAUACAGAUUACUUUCCUGUAUGUUACCCUCCACUGAACAUUAGCAGGAAUAUCAUACGUCCUUUACUUUUCUCUUUUCUCUCCUCUCUCCCCCCCUCAGAGUCCAAAUACACAGGUUUUAGAGGCAGCACUGUGAACAGGGAGGAUAGUCAGCAGGGCUGUGAAUGAAAUGGACAGUCACAUAUCUUUUCUAUUAGCCAAGACUAUAAUUGGAGCCUUCCAGCUUUUACCCUCUGAAAUGGCAUAUUGAUAACGCUUUCAGUAAAAGAAGCUGGACUUCCUCAAAGAACACCUUACCCUCGACUUUGGCAGGAGAAAAAUUAGCAGUACUUUAGAGAUGGAAUAGAAAACUGAUGGGGUUUUUGACCUGUCACAUUACAUUUUAUUAAUCCACUCCAUAGCCUCACUAGACUUUUUUAGGCCCUUAAAUUUAGAAGAAGCAAGUAGGUGUAUCUAUGUCUAAGAAAUAUUGCCAGCUCGGCAGUACAAUUGGAUGAUGCAUUAGCCUCUCACCUUUGGAAGUCUGUUCACAUGCUGAGGUUGUAAGUGCAAAAGUGACUUUCAUGAAGUCCUUAAAGUCAUUACUCGAUGAAACCAAUCUGGUACGAUGAGCAGUCCCUGCUCAGAAAGGGAAUAGCAGAUGGGUUACAAAUCAAGACUGAGGUGCAUUUGGCAGAGUUGAAUUUAGUAAGCUUGCAUGAUACCUUACCUUAGCCAAUCAUUUCUUAUGAGCACAAGAGACUUGCCCACAAGUUUUAAAAACUUGCAGGUACAUGUCUCUAUAUUCUGAAGGCUGCCAAAAAGGGGAACAAUCCCUCCUUGCAAAGCCUCUCUGGAUGCAUUAAUGUUCUGCCUCUCUAUUGUUGCCCAAAUUCCUUCCAAGAUAAGACUCACACCAGUGGUCUAUCUGAUUGAUUCUCUGUGUCUUUACCUGUCUGUUUUGCUUCUUAAACUGUGAGCACUAAACUGUGAGUGUGGAAUAAUAAAUAGAAAAACCUCUAAUCUUUAAUGUCAGGUGGGAGAAUUGCUAAACAAUUAAACUGUGUAUAUAUCUCCACAGAUUAUAUUUUAUAAAUCACGCUUUUUUAGCUAAAUAUUUAUAAUUAAAUGUUUUUAUUCUUUACAACAAAGCAGAUAACUCUAUCUUCAAUUAUUUCUCCUGUUGCUAAAAUGUACAAAUAAAACUUUCUUUAAUACCUCA